GUAGGUAAGAUUAUGUUCACCAUGUUGGAUCAAGUGUUUAUCCUGUUUACCUUGUGAUCAGUUGGAUCAUGUCAGCGGAGCGUCAUCGUGCUGGAGUGUGAAGGACCCGCAGCCCGGCUCCCGACUCGCCGCGGUCAGCCUUCCUGACACCGACAGGAGGAGGAGGAGGACUUCGAUGUGGAGAUGAAGCUGCCCACUCUGUUAGCUAGCUCCGAGCUGUCAGGUUAAGAAACUCUCGCCUUCGCACGGGCGGCACGCAAAUUUAUUUAGCCCACGUUAAAGAAGAACUUUUUGUCACAUUGUUAUCACGUCUCUCUGGACCUGCACUUAUUUCGAGGACAGAGCGAAACAGCCCGAAAACAAAGAUUUCGUCGGAAAAUCAAGUCAUCUAGAAGGAACUAUGAGGGCUCGUUCUCUAAUGUUUUGAGCAAUGGUCACAGCCCCUCUGCUCGGGCUGAUGAUGGGGGUUUCUCUCUAAACAAACACUUCCAUGUGAGUGGAUGGCGGUGGCUCGGGCCUGUCUGUCUACUUGCGUCUGCUGUUGUAUUAUCGCCUUAGCCGGGAUACAUCCCCUCUGCACCGGAUCUGCGCCGUUAAUCACGGCUCGGAGAUUACCUCUGUUUACGGAGUAGCUACCUCGCUCUGCGCGCAAAAAUACAUAAAUAGGAAGAGGAGUCCGUUUGGAAAAACAGAUGCAGUUUUCCGGCUGCGCGGAGCCCCCUUUAUGGGAGGAUUUGCGGCGCUGGUUCGAAGCCUGUGGAAAACUUUGGCACUUGUUUUAGAUGAAUGUUGUUCCCAUGUGACGGGCUCCUGAUCACACUGCUGUGGAAUCAACACGCUCUACGAUGGGAGACAUCCAAAUCCAACAACUUUAUUUAUUCAGGGGGGCUCAGGUUUACUUCCACUAAUUAUUUUUGAUGUGUCAAGUUUUUCAAAUAUUUUGUUUUUACACUUGACACGGCUUUAAAUUUUUAGCAAAAAUAUUUUUAGUUUCAGAUCACUGAGAGAAAACUGUGGCUGAAGUCCUUUAACUGCUUCUUUUUCUUUUUUUUUUUAAGUUGCAUUGUGAUAAACAUUAUGGCAAACAGUUUUAUUUACAUUUUGUGUGAAGAUUUAAAGUAACUUAUGGUUAGUCUUUUAAAGCCAGAAUCUGUUUUAUUGAUUUUUCAGUGUAAGGGUUCAGUCUGGUAGUCUUAAUCACCACUUUCUGACCCAGUAGACGUUUUGUUUGUUUUGUUUUGGGUUUUUUUGCCUUGCUGAAUGGCUCUUUGCAGCACAACUGCCACAAACGUUCCAAAAAUGAUGACUGCUUACAACGGUGGCUCCUCAGCAGUGGCUGCUCAUCACCAUCACCAGAUGCAGCACCUCCCGCCUCCCCACAUGCACCAUCACCACCACCACCACCAAGCAGGACAGCAUCACUUGCAGCACCCGGGUUCUGCUGCAGCCGUGCGCACGGUGCAGCAGCACACAUCCACUGCUGCGGCUGCAGCGGUGAUGCUCAAUCCUGGCCAGCAGCAGCCCUACUUCCCGUCUCCUGCGCCUGGACAGGCUCCAGGACCUGCUUCAGCUGCAGCUCCAGCCCAGGUUCAAGCCGCUGCUGUCAAGUCUCACCACCACCACCACCACCAUCAGCAGCAGCAAAACACGCAUCACCUUCAGCAGCAGCUUGACAUAGAGCCUGAUCGGCCCAUCGGCUACGGUGCGUUUGGAGUCGUCUGGUCGGUCACGGAUCCCAGAGAUGGAAAGCGAGUGGCUCUCAAGAAGAUGCCCAAUGUCUUCCAGAAUCUUGUUUCUUGCAAAAGGGUCUUUCGGGAACUGAAGAUGUUGUGCUUCUUCAAACAUGAAAAUGUACUUUCUGCUUUGGACAUACUGCAGCCUCCACACAUCGACUACUUUGAAGAAAUCUAUGUUGUGACUGAACUUAUGCAAAGUGACCUCCAUAAGAUCAUUGUAUCACCACAGCCUCUGAGCUCAGAUCAUGCCAAAGUUUUUCUGUAUCAGAUUCUUCGGGGACUUAAAUACCUACACUCUGCUGGAAUUCUGCACCGAGAUAUCAAACCUGGCAACCUCCUGGUCAACAGCAACUGUGUGCUCAAGAUCUGUGAUUUUGGGCUCGCCCGUGUGGAGGAGUUGGAUGAGUCCCGGCACAUGACUCAGGAAGUUGUGACGCAGUACUACAGAGCACCAGAGAUCCUUAUGGGCAGCCGGCACUACUCCAACUCCAUCGAUAUUUGGUCUGUGGGCUGCAUCUUUGCAGAGCUGCUCGGUCGGCGCAUCCUCUUCCAAGCUCAAAGUCCCAUUCAGCAGCUGGAUUUAAUCACUGACUUACUGGGGACGCCUUCUAUGGAGGCAAUGAGGACAGCAUGUGAAGGCGCACGGGCACACAUUCUCAGAGGAACUCAUAAGCAGCCAUCCCUCCCUGUGCUGUACACACUGUCUAGCCAGGCAACCCAUGAAGCAGUUCAUCUGUUAUGCAGGAUGCUGGUGUUUGAUCCAUCUAAGAGGAUUUCUGCCAAGGAUGCUUUGGCUCACCCUUACCUAGACGAGGGUCGACUGCGCUACCACACGUGUAUGUGCAAAUGCUGCUACACCACAUCCUCCGGCCGUGUUUACACCAGUGACUUUGAACCGGUCACAAACUCCAAGUUUGACGAUGGUUUUGAAAAAAACCUGACCUCUGUGAGGCAGGUCAAAGAGAUCAUCCAUCAGUUCAUUUUGGAACAACAGAAGGGGAGUCGGGUGCCGCUCUGCAUCAACCCUCAAUCAGCUGCUUUCAAGAGCUUCAUAAGCUCCACAGUAGCUCAACCCUCUGAAAUGCCUCCGUCUCCGCUUGUGUGGGAAUAGAUGCUGCUGUGCACCAUCCCUUUCUCCCGCUGACCCGUUGGAACCCGAAAGCACCUAAAAAUUACGUAGCAUUUCACUGGAGUGAAGAACUUGCGGCUCUGAUCUAUUCAAGUGGACACAUGGAGAAAACGACUGAUACCUUUUGGAUUUGAAGUCUCGAUGUACAAAUGAAUGGGACAGCAGCUUGAUAGAACAAAUGUUGAAGGUGUACUAAUGUAUUAGUUGCUGAAUAUACAAUAAAAUCUUCAGAAAACAAAGUACAAUUGUUGAUGAUCAUACCCAAUACUUGCAAAGAUGUAUAGAUUUUUUUUUUUGCUAGAUGUAAACUACUUACAUUUAUUGCAAACCGUACACUUUGGCAUAUUCCUGUUAUUACAUCGACCAGCAAUGUUGCAAUGGUUCUUUAGAUCCCACGUUGCUUCGUAUCCAGACAAUCAACUGUAAAUGUGUCUGUAGAAUGGACAGAUACCCCAAGUUUUACUAAAAAAAAACAAACAUGCUGUGAGAGAUGUGAAAAAUGUUUAAACUUUGGCUGCUGGAAGCUUUUGUCUUUUUUUUCCCCCCCUUCAUCAAAUGUUUAAUUUACCAAAGAUUAGGAGCCUUGUUCAGGAAUUAUGCAGUGAGGUGAUCAACGGGCCGCGUGUACAAACAGCACAUGCUUUCUUAAUGGGUAUUCAUCUGCACGGAUUUCACGUCAUGCAAAAAUGUAGAAGGAUAAGCGUAUAUUUUAUAGAGGGAUGCUCCUGAUGUUCCAAGUGGUUUCAGUUGGAGGAGUUCUAAAGAUUCUGCCAUCAUACCUUCCUUGCACGAUCACUUACUUCUGUUCGGAUGUCCUGGUUCUGUUCAGAUUCUCAGAUUCUGAUGGAUCAGUGGUUCCCACUCCUUUCACUGUCACUACUCCUGUUCCUGCAUAUUAAGCCAGAAGUUUCCAUCCAGCAAAAAAGUUUAAAAGACAGUUGUCACUAAGUAAAUGUAGGGCAUGGGUGCUCAAGUCCAGUCCUCGAGAGCUACCAUCCUGCAACUAUCAGAUGCAUCCCUGCUCCAACACACCUGAAUCAAAUGAAUGACUCGUUACCAGGCAUGUUCAUAGCUGAGCCUGGUCUAUUGGAGUGAGGCUGCAACUAAAAGUUGCAGGACGGUAGCUCUCCAGGACUGGACUUGAGCACCCCUGAUGUACGGGAACUUGUGAAUUUAAAGAAAGUUCCAUUUAAAAAAAAACUGGCAGUUAAUAAAUGGAUAUAAUUUAUGUAAUUCUAACUGAUCUAACAUGAGACCUUUGGUCUGAUUUUAAUUCAGAAAGCAAGGAAGAAAUUGUUUGUCUUUUUAAUUGGUUUAUGUAAUUUUCUUUUAAAUACAACAAUGUUUUAAUACAAAUAUUUAUGCAUUCGAAUCACUUUGCAGAAUAUUUUGCUGAUCUUGGCUGUAAUAUUUGUGAUGGAAAGUUAGACUUUUAAGUAAAGCUGCUAAUGUUAGCGGUAUGCUACUGAAUAACAUUGAACAUGUGGAGUCUGUGUUCUUUUAUUGGACAUUUGAAUUGGGUUAGAAUUACUCUAAGUAAAUAAAAAGAAAAAUACAGCAGAACUUUUUCCAAACCCGUUCAAAGUGACUGUGCAAAGAUUCUCACACAGGACUGCUUUGCUCUUGGGCCAGCAAUGAUGUCGUUUCUAAGACUGGUUUUGUGCUCAAACUUGCAUGAACAGCAUAUUUUGUUCAGAACUUGCUUCUAAAUUUCAGGUUUCAGUGGAGACUUGAUAUACUGGAAAGAAUAUCCAACUUUUUCAUUUUUUGGUCUGUUUGUACAUGUUCGUUUCUAACCGUCAUAGUCGACCACACCUCGACAAAGAGUUUAUUUAAAAACUUAAAAUAUGCCCUGAGCAACAUUCCGGGUCAGAACCACUGCAUUGCAGGAUUAGAGCACCUCUUUAUGGAAGGCAUUUUGUGUAUCCCAAAAAUAAUCCACAGUCUGAAUCCUAUCAGCAUUUUAGGACCGCUACCUGAUUACAAUUUUCUCUAACAGCAGAGUAGUUGUAUAUGAAUUCAUAUGGUGAAUCACUGGCAUGAUUAUAAUGGUACCAUUCUUUAGAUUUCCUUUUGGAAUCAAUUCAAUCUGUCAGCAUUCCUCUGGAAUAUUCAGCCCUCCUCUAAAAGCUGCGAUGUGUGUGAAGAACUCAGAUCUCAGUGAUUAUUAGCCCUAAAAAACACUCGCAUUGUUUUCGACAUGCUGUGUUGUGGUGAGGUUGGAAUAAAACACAUUUGCUUCGUCGAUUCGCGGCCUUAAAGAUUGAAUCUUUGUGAUUGUAAAUGUAGUAGCAGAACCUGUCAGUGGAAGAAGAAGUCAACAACUUCCUGUAGAAAAGCAAUAUCUGUAGAGUGGUGUGAAGUUGGGUUUGCCUCUUUCCUGAUUUUAUUUAUUUAUAUAUAUAAAAAAAAUACUCAUUUCAACACAAACAAUUUGGAUAUUUGUCAACGACAUCAUUAUAAACACAUAAUGCCGUUUUUAAAUGUUCAUUAUUAAGGGAGGAAAAACAUACAAACCUGCAUUUACCCUUUGUGAAAAAGUGAAACCAACUGCAGUCAAGCAUUUGCAAUAGUUUGUGAUGAGUCUUUUCCAUCUCUGCUUUAAUUUUGAUUGUUCUAAUUCAGUCACAUUGACCAUCAAUGCUCUUCGUUCAGUUUUCCUUCAGCCAAUCAGAGGUGGACCUGCUGCUGUGUUGUGGGUCAUUGUCCUGCUGCAGAACCAGCGUUGGUUUCAGCGAGUUUAGUAGAUCCCGAAGCAGCAAAACAGCCUCAGAGCAUCACUCUGCCACCACCAUGUUCUUUUUCCAAAAUGCGGUGUUACUUGAACCACUGUUAACACAUCUGAACAGACUUUUACUUUUUGUCUCAUAAUUCUACAGAAUGUUUCAAAGACCAUUGAUGCUCUUUUUGCCCAGCAGUGGUUUUCAUUGGGGAAUUCUGCCAGCCAGGCCCUUUUUAUCCAGUCUUUUUUGUUUGUUUUUUUAUGACGAAAGCAUGACCUCUGACCUUAUGUGUGGCAAGUGAGGUCUGCAGUCGAUAGGAUGUUGUUGAGUGUUUUGUAAGCUGUUGGAUGAGUCGCCGCUGUGCUCUUGGGGUAAAUUUGGUGGGAAGCUUCACCAUAACAGAUGUCGUCUCUGGAGUCCAAAAACGUUAAAAACUACUUUGUAACCCUUCUCAGACCAAUUGAUCUCGAUUAUUUAUUUUUUUUCUUAUUGUUUCUGAACUCCUGUGCAUCUCUGCAUGAUGUUUAGCCUUUGAGGAUCACUUGGUGUACUUCACUUUGUCAGGCAGUGACUUGCGAUCAAAGCGACGUCUUGAUUGGAAUGAUGAUGAAACAUGCGUAAGUGGGCGGAGCAAUCACUUUUUCACACUGGGCCUAGAAGGUUUGAAUUUUUUGAGGGGGUUGUUGCUUGUCUUGUCUCUGACUUACAUUGAAAUUGGUUUGGUUUGAAGUGAGACAAAGAUGCAAAAAAAAAAAAAGUGAAGAAAAAUGGAAAUCAGGAAGGGCAAACACUUUGUCACACUACUGUGAAAAAGUGGUGAGAGAAUUUCAGUGUGGAUGUUUCACUUUGAAUGAACAUGAUCAACCCUUUACCUGCCACGGAGCAAAUGCAGCAGCCAAUGAGGAAGGAGCCCAGCCGAGGAAGCGGAGCUGGAGCUCAGUGUUGCCGUUGCCCAAUAGCAACGCUCAUUCAGUUGUCAACCAAUCACAACGUUUAGGUUUUAAACAAUGUAAUUAUUUUGUGUGAACCUUGUUGCCUUCCUGUCCCACAUGGCCCUGACAGGCUCGUCGAUGCUUGAUUGGAGAGCAGCUCAAUUUAAUGUCUUGGUUCUUGAGCCAGUUUGUCUAAAGUUCUGUUGGAGUGAGUUGCAGGUCCACAAUCUGGCCUCUCAGAUUUUUACAGGGAAAAUAAAAGUGGUUUUCACUGUGAUAGUAACACUAUAUGUCAGUGUUACUGAAAAUUCUCCAAACUGUCAAAAAAUAUAAUAUAAUUAUAUACAAUCGACUAUAAACCUAUUCAUUAUAUACAUUUAUUGAAAUCAACAGUAACUUAAAAUAUUUAUGGUAGAUAUUUCUCAGAUAAAAUGUAACUUAAAAUAUUUAAGAUAAACAUUAGUAGGACAAAGACAUCAUCCAUGUCUUUUCAGUUAAUUACGUUUAUCGCAGAAAUAUGUAAUUUCACAGAAAUGAGUUUAUCACAGAAAUAUAGUUUUGAGGGGAGGACGGCGGUAGGAGUUCGCUCUGCAAUCGGUCAACUGCUGGUUCAAUUCCCGCUCCACCUGCCCUGGUCGUUUGUGUCCCUGAGCAAGACGCUGGUCAUUGGUGUUGGGCUGAUGGUGCCGCUAUAAUCCAGCAGCUUGUCACCUGGCACUAUUGGACAUCAAUCAGAAUAACGCCUGAAAAGUAACACUGCAAGAGUUCAAGCAUCUCUAUAGAGCAAAAAUAUAUUAACAAUUGAAGUUGUUAAUAAAGUUUACUGUGUAACUCAAUUUAACUCCAAUUACAGUAAAAGCAACUCUGAAAAGUUAACACUGAUCAGUGUAACUUUGACACUGUACAGGGCUGGACCACAUGCUCUCUGGCUCAGUGUUGAAAUGGACAUUAUCAGUGUUGUUUCCACACUCAUUUUACUGAGCAUCACUAGUUGGAAAAGAAUAACUGAUUAUAUGAAAAUCGAGUGUUUAACAUAUAGAAUGGCAUAAUGAUUGAAACGUGUAACAACCCUGUUAGUGUGAUUAACCCUUUGGAAGGAAAUGAAAUUAAGUGGGCGACUUCAACAAGCAGGAAGUCUGGGAUUGUACUUUCUGCUCUUCAUUAACCCCACUAAUCAUUAGAACUAAACGAUUGAUGCUCCUGGACAGUCGAACCGUCUCUAAAACCAAAAGAUUAAAUCCAGCUGCUUUCUACUUUCCAACAGCUGCAGAGCAGAGAAUCGCUGAGCUUGCUCUUUGGUCCACUGUGAACUUGGUUUCACUACACGUCUUCACAAUCCUGUGAAGUUUUUUGCCCUGGGCUGUUCUUUCUGUUUUUCCUAAGUCAUGUUUGGUGUCUAACCUGUUUUAGGUUUGCAUUUCUUUUUGUCGAUGCUUCCCUGUGGGCAGCACAUGUUGCUGACCAGACUCCAAUCCUGGUGAGGUUAAAAAAAAUGUUUUUUUAAAUCCCGACUCCUUAACGCUGCAGAACCAGAAUGUACCGAUAGUCUUUAUUCUACCUAUUGUAAUUAAGAACUGUGUGCAGAUUAGCUCCAUAUAUCCUUUUCAUGCAGAUCACUGUUGAUGAGUGACAAGUACGUGAGUGAAGAAUUUCACCAUAAUAGUUUUCCAUAUUGCCGAAAGAUCACUGUAGAGAUGAAAUAAUUCAGUUUCAGUUCAUGUUUAUAUAACGCAUACUCACUACAAAUACUCUCAUAUAACGUACAUGUAAUAUACUUUUACAGCUGUUAUGUAGUGUUGGUUUGCAUGUGAUCCUCACACUUUGAGUAACUGUGUUGAUAAUAAAUAGAGAAGCAACUCUGCUUAAUCAGCAUCACUGUAUUGAAACUGUAUUAGCCUGCCUAUUUUAGAGGCUUUAGAGUUUGAUUUUAUUUUUUAAAUCUACAAAUGUAUAUCUAUAUAUUUAGAUUUUUUUUUAAAAAUCUUGUAAGUACAGUAUUAAGCAGAGAAUACAUGAUGUAUAUACCACAGAGAUGUACAAAUAUCCAAGGAUAUGUCUUUUGUUAUUGUUUUUAAUGAUGUUCUUAUAGCAACACUGUGUGAAUAUGUAUAAAGGGUUUCCUGUUUCAGUCUCUACCUCUUGAUCUCACUGACCUUGAGUUAUUUAUCCCUUUUUAAAUUCAUGGAGAUGAGAAUAAUUAAACAGCUGACUGUUUAUUCAA